UCAGCUGUUUUCAUUUUUCUCUGACGGAAAUUUGUUUUCGUAAAACGGCGUACUGUUAUGGUUUCAUAGCCAUGUGUGAAUUAAAAUGGGCUCUAUCGCAUCGGUGCUGCAAUGGCAUUGUCAGACAUGCGGCCAAAUCAACCCCACAGAGAGUGUAAAGUGUUUAAAAUGUGGUACCAAGAGGGUGUCUUGUCAUGACAAAGAAGAUUCUAAAGGAUAUUGCAGAGGAGAUUCUUCGCCUGACUACACAAGUCGCACAGGAAAAAGCGACGGAACUACCCCUGGUUCAGAACCCAUCGUCAUACCAACAGAAAACAACUUCAAUAGCGGAUGGUCUUGCGUGGGCUCCGCGCCAGGGCCGAGCCGCGCGUGGCGCUGCGGCUGCGGUCUACGCAACGUGUCAGCUGCGUGGCGCUGCGCGGCGUGUGAUGCGCUCGCGCCGCACGCGCCCGUCUACAGGAGAGCUGACGUCACGUGGCGCCGCAACGUGUCAGCUGCGUGGCGCUGCGCGGCGUGUGAUGCGCUCGCGCCGCACGCGCCCGUCUACAGGCUGUCUGAUGAUGAGGAUCAAGCUUCAGGGAUGACGGACAAGGAUAAGUCUGCCCAAGACAACACUAUGAUAAGGUCCAACACCUUGGCAGUCCCAUCGUAUAAGCCUUCUUCGAGCUACUCAGACGGCCGCCGGCUUAACCUCGACCUUCAGUCAUUGAGGCUGUCACCCACCCAGUUGACAGAUCAUGCCCACGGUGUGACCAGGUCCCUAUCCCAUGGGUCCGUGAUUAACUCCCAGCAGAAGUGGUGGAAAGUUGACGAGGCCAGGGGAACAAUAAACAGACCUACAAGCUUGAUGGUCUCCGAAAGAUAUGGGUACAACACACAGUGCAACCCUCGCGAAUCGUUCCUUAGAAGUCUCCACACAGUUACAAGAAGACCCAAGAAAUGCAGCGAGAGCAAGUCGAAUUGGGAGUUGAAUUACGUGAAGGAAUACCAAAGGGAGCAGAGCAAGGCGCUUCAUUUAAAGAAAUGGGCGUGCUCUAAGUGUACCCUUGAAAAUUCCGGUAUCAGAACGCAUUGUGAGGCGUGCUUAUCCCCACGAAUAUCACCAUUGGCCCGUAUUCCUAAUGCAAGAGGACUGAGCGUCACCACAUUGGGUAGACAUGAGACUUUAUCGGGCAGAGACGGUGCUACAUCACUGCCUACUUCAGGAGGGGUCAUGAUAACUGUCCCUGACUGGCCACAGACUGGAAGCACUACCCUAGGGUCUUUCAGGCGGUCGAUAAGUGCUCAGAACUCCCCUGAGAUUCGGCCUACAUACCGCCGGUCUUUCUCCGAGCAGACCAACGCGGAAAGACCAGUUGGGAAGGUCAUAUCCAGUAGACGGAGCCUGAACGACUACCAGAAAUCACUGGCCAGCUACUGUGGCAGUUUAAAUCGUGAAGGGAAGGAUCUGGAGAAGAAAAUUGACGAAAAUAGCGUGGAGAUUGAUAAAGAAUGCAGUUGGGACACUAAUGCUGAGGGUGUGAUAUACGCUUUGCCGAACAAAGGGAAAUACAAAGACUUGAAUUUGCAGCUGCAAGUUAACAACAACGGGACUAGAUAUUCCUACGUAUCUGUUCAAGAUACGAAGAAUGUGAUGAGCAAUUCCCAGAAUGAGGCUUUAUAUUCGAAUGAUAUGGGAGACGGUGAUUACGCGAGAAUAGAUGAGCUUUUGGGAGCGGAGAACUGUAUAUCCCCAGUGGCCGAGUCGGCUGGUGCGAGCAAUAUUAGGACGUCGCAUAUUGGUGCAGUGAAGGACACAAGUGCGAAAGUCCAGUAUAUGUUGCCGUCAGUUGGGAAGGUGUCGCACAAUCAACGGGAGAUUAAAGGGCCAUCGCCGCAGCAGCAAUCUUCCCGCGAGAACCGCAUGUGGCAAUGCAACGAGUGCUGGUUCGCUUACAACGCGUGGUGGGCGCGCGCGUGUGACGUGUGCCGCAGCGGCCGCGUGCCGCACGCCGCCGUCACGCUGGCUGCGCGUGACGCGCCCACUACGCACGGCGCUAUGGCUGCGCGCGCGCCGGUUAACAGUUCCAGACCAACCAACACGCCUUCUGAAGCCAGUGGGAGUAAGGAACCUAACCGCAACGAGCCUAAGAAACUAACGGUGCCCAUAGCCUCGUUGGACCACGACUUGAACAGCGAUGAGCUUCUGUUUGCAGUUGAUUCUAAUCCUGCGCCGGCGCCGGUAGCGUCAACAGCUACUUGGUCGUGCGCGCGCUGCACGCUCGUCAACGAUGCUGAUGCGAGCGCUUGUGCCGCGUGCGCCGGCUCGAGACCUCAGCCACAUAACUACUGGUCUUGCAGCUCUUGCACGCUACGGAACCCGCUGUCAGCGGCGCUGUGCCUGGCGUGUAAGACGCCCCCUGUGCCCAAGCACGGGGUCCCAGGAUCUUCGGCUGAAGUCAACCACAGUGGCAUUGGACGUAGUCCGUCACCCAGAAGGAGUUCAAGACACACCCCGGCUUUGCCCAGGCGUGGGGCUAGACACAAAACACCGCCGCCUGAACCGAAGCCUGAAACAAACGAAUGGGCUUGUACCGAAUGCACUUACAUGAAUGCAAGUGGCGCCCUCUCGUGUGAGAUGUGCCAGUCUCCCAAGACUCGGCUUCUGCCCGCCGCGCCAGACCAGCCGCAGUUAGAUGAAGACUCGCCCGAGGGUUCAGACGGAGAGCGCCAGGAGAGCACCCCUAUGGAGAUACUACGGCUGAGGGAAGAGAGCCACGCGUGGACUCAGUGGCAGGAGGUGUUAGCGCAGUGCGCUGCGAGUGGAGAACCAUACGAAGACUCCUCGUUCCCGGCGUCGCCGCGCUCGCUAUACUACAACGGGAGCGCCGACGCAGGCGCCGCCACGCCAAGGACGCGCUGGCUGCGGCCCAACCAGAUACACACGGACGCCGACCACCGGACGCCCUGGGUCGUCUUCCGGGACCCGCGGCCCUCAGACAUAUCGCAGGGUGUCCUAGGCAACUGCUGGCUGCUCUCCGCUUUAGCAGUGCUAGCGGAACGCUCCUCUCUCGUGCGAGGAGUGGUAGUGAGGGGCGAACCGAGCGUAGGCGCGUACCAACUGAGGCUGUGCAAGGAUGGGAGGUGGCUGACGGUGACGGUGGAUGACUUGCUGCCAGCGAAUAAGAAGGGACAUCUGGUAUAUUCACAGGCGAAAAGAAAACAACUUUGGGUGCCUUUGAUAGAGAAAGCGGUUGCUAAGUUACAUGGAUGCUAUGAAGCACUGGUGUCCGGAAGAGCUAUUGAAGGGGCGCCAAUGCUAACAGGCGCCCCCUGCGAGUCGGUUUCUCUCCAAGCGGAAGGGGCGCCUUUAGAACAGCUAGACCGAGACCUGGUGUGGGCUCAGCUACUGUCUUCGCGACAAGCGUGUUUCCUGAUGGGCGCCAGCUGUGGUGGCGGCAAUAUGAAGGUGGACGAAGAAGAAUACCAGCGCCUCGGCUUACGACCUCGCCACGCCUACUCGGUCCUCGACGUGGUAGAAGUAGCGGGUCCAACCCGUUUGCUUCGGCUACGGAACCCCUGGGGGCAUUAUACUUGGCGCGGCGCGUGGGCACACGGCUGCCCGCGCUGGACUGAGGAGGCACGACGCGCAGUGCACGCGCAUACUGCUAGCGCGCACGCGGAUCGAGACCAAGGCGUGUUCUGGAUCAGCUUCGAUGAUGUGCUCAAGUACUUCGACUGCAUAGACAUCUGCAAGGUGCGAGUGGGAUGGCACGAGGUGCGUCUCGCCGGGAUCCUACCUCCGAUGUCGUCUACCCGCCACCUGACAUGUCUGCUCCUCACUGCCACUCAGCCAACGGAGGUCGACUUCACGCUGUUCCAAGAGGGACAGAGGAAUUCGGCAAAAAGUCAGCGAUCUCAGCUAGACUUGUGCGUAGUAGUAUUCAGAACUAAAUCUGGUCCAAAUGCACAAGUUGGGAAAUUGGUCGCCCACAGUAAAAGACAGGUCCGCGGCUUCGUCGGCUGCCACAAAAUGCUCGAAAAAGGAUUCUAUCUAGUCGUCUGCCUUGCCUUCAAUCAUUGGCACACUGGUCUCGAGUUGGCGCCAAAAUCUGUGUGGCCUGGCCACGUGUUGGCCGCACAUUCGUCCAAACCAUUGGCGGUGGAGCGGCCAUCUUUGCACCCGCAUAUACUGGCAGAUGCGAUUAUAGGUUUGACGCUGGCAAGGGGUCAGAGGCAUGAAGGUCGGCAGGGGAUGACGGCGUAUUAUCUCACCAAGGGCUGGGCAGGUCUAGUAGUCAUGGUGGAGAACAGACACACAGACAAGUGGAUUCACGUGAAGUGCGACUGCCAAGAGAGCUACAACGUGGUAUCCACGCGGGGUGAACUGAAAACCAUAGACUCUGUACCGCCAUUACAUAGACAGGUGAUAAUAGUGCUCACCCAGCUCGAAGGCAGCGGCGGUUUCUCCAUAGCCCACCGCUUAACGCAUCGCCUCGCCGCCGGGGCCCGCUUGCAAGACUGGGCCCCACAUGCAGACGACGAGCCCCGCCACAGACCGCCCCUGGCCCGGCGUCUAUACGGCCUCCACGCCCCCCGACUUAUCACUUAAGAGGUAAGACCUUAGUCACACGUAUUAAAAGACAUGGGAUUUGAAAGAAUUGUUGUGAUUGUUAUUGAUAUUUUUUGUCAUGUUGAUAACGUGUAAUGUCAUCCGUGUGUAUCUGAAAAUAUGAUGAUGUCGUCUAUAUAGCAAAACACAAACUUGUGAAAAAAUGUUAAAAGUAAAUCGCCUAAUUAAAUCGAAAAGGUUUUGGAUCGCUGAACUAAUCAAAGUGCAGACGUCAACACAAUAAAAAUGCUUUGAAAGCAAAAACUUAUUGAAAUAUUGAACUAAAUUUAACUCAUUGGUAUUUGAUAGAAUGCUUAAGCGAAAUCCAGGCAAUUGGAAUUAAGAACACGCUCGAUUUAACGAAAAGAAGAAGAUUCAAAAAUCACAGGCCUGUUGAAGUAUUAGAUUUUGGAAAACUUAUUUGUAAUGGGCAUGCAUAUUUAGAUGGAACUUUCAAAUGUUUAUAAAUGUGCUUGGAAAUGCUAAAUACACUUAAUACAAAUAGGGAUGUUUCCUGGGUCAAAAAGCAAGAGUUUUAAUUAGUCCGUCAGUUAACUUAUCAAAAAAUACUCUACACGUAUUUUUCACUUUUUCAAACUAAUGAAAAUUUAAAGAGAUAAAGCGCGCCAAAGUUUAUAAGAAGAGGCCCGUGACGUCAAUGCUUGCAUAAAAGUGCCGCACGUUGUGACGUCGUGCGGAACUUCAACGCACCACAACUAUGUAAUUAUUUGUUAUAUUGACAAAUAAAAAUAUAUGUGUCCAAUAUUUUUUUAUAUUAAACAUGACGGACUAAAAAAAUUUUUUUUAGGAAACUAGCCUAUUAUAAUGGCAAAGAAUAGAUGCGAAAAUAGAAUGGACCUGUUAACACAAAAGAUUUGAUAUUUUGAAUCUCAAUUUCUGAUAGUUAAUAAGAAUAAAUUAAGUUUUUGAUACAGCACAAUGCGUCACUCAUGUUGAAUGUACAGUCUCACUCCAUAACAGUGUUACAUAGUAUUACAGUUCUUAUUGUAAGGGAAAACAGUUCAAAAUGGCGUGAUCAUGAACGUGUGUAAGCAAUACGUUAAAGUCUAACUCGUUUUUUACUAAUAAUGAUCUGUAGUUAUUGUAUGCUAUGACGAAAUAGAUUAAUCGUGCGUAUUGACCUAAGUCUAGAUAUUGUAGUUUGUAACAAAAACUUAGAAGACUCCAUUAAAAUAGUUGUUCGAGGCACUUGGCUUGCCAUUAGGAAUUUGAAUUUUAUUUUUUGCAAUAAAAUUCUUGAUUGAUCCUACCUUAAUGCCUCUUAUUCCAUUUCAAAUAGUCACUUAUAUUCAUUGAUUUGUUUAUAACUUCAGGAAUAUAAAGUAUACUUUUUUAACUUCAAAGUUUUUGUCACAUACUGUAUAAUAUGUAUUACUUAUAACCGAUAAUAUUUUUUCUACUAUGCAUAAAAUAUCAGGACAUGUAGAGUGAACGGACGACGCGAUAAGUUUAUUUUUUCAUAAUAUUUUUCGUGUCGUCUGUCCAACGCCGUAUUUUUGCUGUUACAAAACGCACGUUAUUUUUGACAGUAUAGGGUUGAAAUCACGUUGCUACGAUAUAUCAUAAUAAUAUUUUGGCAUUAAAGAGAUAAGUAUUCAUCAGAAAAUGUACGUUUUUAAAUACAUUUUUAUUUA